CGGAACCAAACAUGUAGGCUAAAUAGGCUAGAAACAUUAUCGCGAACAGCUGAUACAAUGGCGCCAAUGGACCUGGAUAAAUACAAGGAGAUUGCCAAGCAGUGUAAAUAUUUACCUGAAAACGACCUCAAGGUGAGAGUCACUGCCUUCGCAAAGUCGAUCACCGAAAUAAGCCUGAUGAGCAGCACAUAUAGUAAGGAGCCUACUAAUCAGACCUAAACAAUGGCAAAAUGGCUGUCACUUCUAAAUCAUAGACUAUCUAAACUGACCUGAAAUCACACAGACAGACUGUGAUGCCAUUAUAACCAAGAAUUUGAAUUAAAUGGAUGCCAUCAUCAUGCUUGACGAAAUUAUUGGUAUGAUAUAAAAUCCCAGUUUUUAAUGGCUAUGAAUAAAAUGUGCCAUUUACAGUAGUUGUCACUAGUUUAUGGAUGUUCUAUUAUGACAUGCAUUCAUUAAAUCAUUGCUUGGGCAUUGCAUCACAUAUCACACAGCACAUUACACUGCUCCUUAUUCUAAGGGUGUGUGUUUUUUUCCUCAGAGGUUAUGUGACUAUGUAUGUGACAUAUUGCUAGAGGAAUCCAAUGUCCAACCAGUGUCCACCCCAGUGACAGUGUGUGGGGAUAUACAUGGACAGGUAGGCUACUUCAUUGACCCUCACAGCCAUACAGCAUCAUUGCUAAAUAUUUGUCUUUGAAACAGAUUCUGUUUCUUUCCAUUCUUUAAUUUCCAGUAAUUCUGAAGUUAACUUGCUUGUUUCUUCUUCAUUCAAUCAGUUUUAUGAUCUGUGUGAACUCUUCAGAACCGGAGGACAGGUCCCAGACACAAACUAUAUUUUCAUGGUGGGUAUAAACUCAACUAUUAUCCCCUCGUCCACUCCCAUUUAUGUUAUUGUUGUCCCCCAUGAUGAAAUCGGGGAGGGGACUGUGGAUCUGUCUCCGUCUGUCCGUUCAUAAGUUAAAGGCGCUACAUGGUCAGUCUGCAUUGGCCGUACAGCAUUUACGUGACACAGCCUCUGCAGAAGUCAGGGCAUUCAUACUUCUUGCGCUUCGCGGAACAGUGCAGAGCUGUUGUGAAGGAAGUUGUCUUCUUCUUCUUCUUCUAUGAUAUAAUGGCGGUUCCGCAAACAAACGUUAAAGGUAAAUGCCGCCACCUACUGUGCUUGAGUGUGUGGCAAAUGACGGAUUUACAACAUUACUAAAUCCUCCUACCUAACUCAGUACUUCUGAGAACAAAAAAAAAGAGCCCUACUAACUUCUAAUAGACCCUCCCCAUCCCCCAAAAUCCCUUCCAACCCCCCCCCCCCCCCCCCCCCCCAACCCUGUCCAACCUCAAUGACCCUACAUUUCAAUCUUUCCCUCUCUUCAACAUACUUACAACAAUAUAACAACACAUGCUCCACCGUUUCAUCGACCAUACACUCCAGACACAAACCAUUCACAUGCUUGCUAACCAGAUGUAAUGACGAGUUCAAUGUACAAUGUCCUAAACCCAAUCGCGCAAACACCACCUCUUCCUUCCUAAUCUGACCUUUGAAUCUUGGUCCACCAACCUUUCUUUGGAGGGCAUAUAAAUGCCAGCCCUUGGGCUCAGAGUCCCAUCUCUUCUGCCACACAUCUAUCAAAAUGGCUCUGAUCUUACAUUUGGCCUCACCUCUACCCAGUGGAACAUUAAUAUCAAUUAUAUCUAGUUUCAAAGGUCUUUUGGCUAACUGGUCUACAAUUUCAUUCCCUUCCACACCCGAAUGUGCUGCAAUCCGAAGGAAGUUGUCAAGGAAGUGACUUUGUGUUUAUACAGGAUCUUUGUGUACUUACCGUCAACCAAUCAUGUCAAUGCGGAGCUAUUCAGAGCACACCGCAUUGCUACAAAAUUUGAGAGGCACACGGCGAUGCGGUACGAAGCUCAUUUUGGCCUCUGCAUGUCUCUGGAGGCUCCGCAAUUGUGUCACACCAUCCAUCCAUACGGUGCCUCCAACCAUAUUUUGGGAUCAAACAUAAAUUGGCUUUAAGUCACACAAGAUAUCUCAGACAACUGGGCCGAUUUUGACGAAAGGUGGGUGAAUGAUGCGUCUUGCCAUAAAGAUCCGGCCUUUACAAAAUUACACGGAUUGGCCCAAGGCGGGAGCUAUAGUAUUUAACUGAAAUGCGUUAGUCACACGCUGCAUCAUUUGUGGGGGACUACAUGUUUGCUGUUACAUUUUAGAAGACACUCUUAUCCAGAGCGACAUACAGUAGUGAGGGUACUUUUUCCCAUACUGGUCCCCGGUGGGAAGCGAACCCACAACACUGGCGUUGCAAGCGCCAUGUUCUACCAACUGAGCCACACAGUUGCCUUGUUUUUCAUAGUGUUUACAAUGUCCAUCAAUAAUGACCCCAUCAGGAUUAUGUGUAUUUGUGUCUCUUCAGGGUGAUUUUGUUGACCGGGGAUAUUACAGCUUGGAGACGCUCACAUACCUGCUGGUGUUAAAAGCGAAAUGGCCUGACCGCAUCACACUUUUAAGAGGAAACCACGAAAGCAGGCAGAUAACCCAAGUGUAUGGAUUUUAUGGUGAGAUUUUCUUCAUUAAAUCACCAUAUCCAACCCAACCAAAUGUUGUAUUAACACAUUAGUAAUUGAUGUACAAUGCAAACCCUUAACUCCAGGUGCUCUGGUUGUAAAUGGGAUGUUCCUGGUCUAUGUUGCCUUUCAGAUGAAUGCCAAACCAAAUAUGGAAAUGCAAAUGCCUGGCGCUACUGUACCAAAGUGUUUGAUAUGUUAACAGUUGCAGCAGUGAGUAUAACUCUAUUGCUUUGUAUUUCUGAUUUCCUGCAGUAACAACCCCCAUGUCACAAUUUUACCAUAUCAAGCCAACAUGGGGAUAUUUUCUACUGUCACAGUAACUCGGCAUUCUAAUGCUGUGCUGUGGUUGUUUUCUUGUGCCAGCUGAUGGAUGAGCAGAUUCUGUGUGUUCAUGGGGGCCUCUCCCCGGACAUAAAGACCCUGGACCAGAUCAGAACCAUUGAACGUAACCAGGAGAUCCCCCACAAGGGAGCAUUCUGUGACCUUGUGUGGUCAGACCCCGAGGAUGUGGACACCUGGGCCAUCAGCCCCAGGGGAGCUGGGUGGCUGUUUGGUGCAAAGGUCACCAAUGAGGUGAGUACAUUGUCAAUUUCACACUGUAAAAUAUAUAUAUACACUACCAGUCAAAAGUUUGGACACACCUACUCAUUCAAGGGUUUUUCUUUAUUUUUACUAUUUUCUACAUUGUAGAAUAAUAGUGAAGACAUCAAAACUAUGAAAUAACACAUAUGGAAUCAUGUAGUAACCAAAAAAGUGUUAAACAAAUCCAAUUAUAUUUUAUAUUUGAGAUUCUUCAAAGUAGCCACCCUUUGCCUUGAUGACAGCUUUGUACACUCUUGGCAUUCUCUCAACCAGCUUCAACUGGAAUGCUUUUCCAACCGUCUUGAAGGAGUUCCCACAUAUGCUGAGCACUUGUUGGCUGCUUUUCCUUCACUCUGCGGUCCAACUCAUCCCAAACCAUCUCAAUUGGGUUGAGGUUGGGUGGUUGUGGAGGCUAGGUCAUCUGAUGCAGCACUCCAUCACUCUCCUUCUUGGUCAAAUAGCCCUUACACAGCCUGGAGGUGUGUUGGGUCAUUGUCCUGUUGAAAAACAAAUGGCCCAAGCAUGUCUCUUCUUCUUAUUGGUGUCCUUUAGUAGUGGUUUCUUUGCAGCAAUUCGUCCAUGAAAGCCUGAUUAACACAGUCUCCUCUGAACAGUUGAUGUUGAGAAGUAUUUAUUUAGGCUGCAAUUUGAGGUGCAGUUAACUCUAAUGAACGUAUCCUCUGCAGCAGAGGUAACUCUGGGUCUUCCUUUCCUGCGGCGGUCCUCAUGAGAGCCAGUUUCAUCAUAGUGCUUGAUGGUUUUUGCAACUGCAUUUGAAGAAACUUUGAAAGUUCUUGAAAUGUUCCAUAUUGACUGACCUUCAUGUCUUAAAGUAAUGAUGGACUGUCGUUUCUCUUUGCUUAUUUGAGCUGUUCUUGCCAUAAUAUGGACUUGGUAUUUUACCAAAUAGAGCUAUCUUCUGUAUACCCCCCCUACCUCAUCACAACACAACUGAUUGUCUCGAAAUUCCACAAAUUAACUUUUAAGAAGGCACACCUGUUAAUUGAAAUGCAUUCCAGAUGACUAGCUCAUGAAGCUGGUUGAGAGAAUGCCAAGAGUGUGCAAAGCUGUCAUCAAGGCAAAGGGUGGCUACUUUGAAGAAUCUCAUAUAUACAAUAUUUUGAUUUGUUUAACACUUUUUUGGUUACUACAUGAUUCCAUAUGUGUUAUUUCAUAGUUUUGAUGGAUUCACUAUUAUUGUACAAUAUAGAAAAUAGUAAAAAUAAAGAAAAACCCUGGAAUGAGUAGUUGUGUCCAAACUUUUGACUGAUACUGUAUAUGAAAUGGGUAGUAGUUUUAUUUCUCACAUUCACAUUUAUCUCACUGUCUUUCUUUUUUCAUUAUAUAUUGAUGUGCAGUUUGUUCACAUCAACAACUUGAAGUUGAUCUGUCGGGCACAUCAGCUAGUCCAUGAGGGUUACAAGUUCAUGUUUGAUGAGAAGCUGGUCACAGUCUGGUCGGCUCCUAACUACUGCUAUCGCUGCGGCAACAUUGCCUCCAUCAUGGUCUUCAAAGACGCCAAUACGAGGGAGCCCAAGCUGUUCCGGGCGGUGCCCGACUCAGAGAGAGUCAUUCCACCCAGAACAACGACACCAUAUUUCCUGUAAACACUGCACUAACUAUCAUCAGCUUUGGCCGCAAACUUCAGACGGGCCUGGACAUGCGCUGGCUUGAGCGGGGGGACCUUGCGUGCACUGCAGGAUUUUAAUCCAUGACAGCGUAAUGUGUUACUAAUGGUUUUCUUUGAGACUGUGGUCCCAGCUCUCUUCAGGUCAUUGACCAGGUCCUGCCGCGUAGUUCUGGGCUGAUCCCUCACCUUCCUCAUGAUCAUUGAUGCCCCACGAGGUGAGAUCUUGCAUGAUUGACCGUCAUCUUGAACUUCUUCCAUUUUCUAAUAAUUGCGCCAACAGUUGUUGCCUUAUCACCAAGCUGCUUGCCUAUUGUCCUGUAGCCCAUCCCAGCCUUGUGCAGGUCUACAAUUUUAUCCCUGAUGUCCUUACACAGCUCUCUGGUCUUGACCAUUGUGGAGAGAUUGGAGUCUGUUUGAUUGAGUGUGUGGACAGGUGUCUUUUAUACAGGUAACGAGUUCAAACAGGUGCAGUUAAUACAGGUAAAGAAAAACUAACAGGUCUGUGAGAGCCGGAAUUCUUACUGGUUGGUAGGUGAUCAAAUACUUAUGUCAUGCAAUAAAAUGCAAAUUAAUUACUUAAAAAUCAUACAAUGUGAUUUACUGGAUUUUUGUUUUAGAUUCCGUCUCUCACAGUUGAAGUGUACCUAUGAUAAAAAAUUACAGACCUCUACAUGCUUUGUAAGUAGGAAAACCUGCAAAAUCGGCAGUGUAUCAAAUACUUGUUCUCCCCACUGUAUGUUGUGGAUGUUGUAGAAUCUAUGAAAUAUCCCACUGACAAGAUCUAUAUUAAUGAUAUUUCAUAUCAGAGGUACCCAACUCAUGUCUAUGAGCGUGUUUAGGGCAAUUCCAUGGUCACAGAAUGAUCUUUCACUUUAAAAUGUAUGUCAAACAAAAAACAAUGAUUUCAAAUUUAAACAAACCAUGCAACUCUAUGCACAAGGACUACUUUUAACAAUUUACACUGAACAUUUUACAAAAACUUGAAGAACAGUGCAGAUGCAAAGUUUGGUAACAGAAUGACGGUUUGUGCGUGAUUUUACUUUACUACAAAUUUAAUGAGGGAUAGCCUACCAGGUGAUUGGAUCUUAUUACCAGUCAAUUACUUAAAUAAUUCAAAAUAGUGCAAAUGACAAAGGAAAGACGCAUCAGCCCCAAGACACUGGAUCUGAGUAACACUGUAAGAAGAGCCACUCCAUUCAUAUUGUCAACCGUAGGCUGGGGGGGGGGGGUAAAAUCACAACUGAACUGAUUAACACUUCUGACGCUUUCCAAUAACAUCAACAAAAAUUCUGUAUCUUAUGAUAUUCUGAGAGUAAUAUAAUAUCUAACACAACAGUGCAAUGUGGAAUAACACCAUCACAUUGUCUACUGAUUAGCCUCAAAGAUUUAAGCGGAAUUGUCUCUACAUACAGUAUGUUAAGCUACCUUCUCCAAAAGAGAAAAGGAACAGUGUGUGUUCUAGUGCCUACAAGUCAUGUGUGGUCAAGUGAACAGAGCAGGGCAGAUCUGACACCCGAGCAGGGCUUCAUAUUACACAGGUUUGCACCUUAAGACUCAACAAUGCAUUAAAGGGAUAGUUCGGGAUUUUGGCAAUGACUUCCCCAGAGUCAGAUGAACUCGUGGAUACCAUUUUUAUGUAUCUGCAUCCAGUAUGAAGAAAUGUAUGGAGUUUCGCAAGCCAAUGCUAACUAGUGUUAGCGCAAUGACGAAGUCUACAGGAACAGCUAGCCAGGAACAGGUAGCAUACUUGCUGUUCCCAUAGACUUCCAGUCAUUACGCUAACACUAGUUAGCAAUUGCGCUAACGCUAGUUAGCAACUUCCUUCAAACUGCAUGCAGAGACAUAAGUAAAGAAAGGGCCUCAUUGAAAGGGUAAGUACAGAAAGGGCCUCAUUGUCGAAAUCCUUAACUAUCCCUUUAUCCUGCUCUAUGAUGGGGAAUAUUUCUGAAUUCAUGUCAUCAUUGACAAAAGAGUGGUGGUAUCACACUCGUACAUUUACACACUUGACCAUGGAAUCCACUGGCUUCUGGAUGCCAAUCUCCAGACACACCUAACCAUAUAACAACAGGAUAGCUGACUCACAGACCCAAAUCAUAAACCAAGAGGCAAUGUCAACAGAAUAUAGGCAGCCUACUUGUACAGUACCAGUCAAAAGUUUGGACACACCUACUCAUUCAAGGGUUUUUCUUUAUUUUUACUAUUUUCUAUAUUGUAGAAUAAUAGUGAAGACAUCAAAACUAUGAAAUAACACAUAUGGAAUCAUGUAGUAACCAAAAAAGUGUUAAACAAAUCCAAUUAUAUUUUAUAUUUGAGAUUCUUCAAAGUAGCCACCCUUUGCCUUGAUGACAGCUUUGUACACUCUUGGCAUUCUCUCAACCAGCUUCAACUGGAAUGCUUUUCCAACCGUCUUGAAGGAGUUCCCACAUAUGCUGAGCACUUGUUGGCUGCUUUUCCUUCACUCUGCGGUCCAACUCAUCCCAAACCAUCUCAAUUGGGUUGAGGUUGGGUGGUUGUGGAGGCUAGGUCAUCUGAUGCAGCACUCCAUCACUCUCCUUCUUGGUCAAAUAGCCCUUACACAGCCUGGAGGUGUGUUGGGUCAUUGUCCUGUUGAAAAACAAAUGGCCCAAGCAUGUCUCUUCUUCUUAUUGGUGUCCUUUAGUAGUGGUUUCUUUGCAGCAAUUCGUCCAUGAAAGCCUGAUUAACACAGUCUCCUCUGAACAGUUGAUGUUGAGAAGUAUUUAUUUAGGCUGCAAUUUGAGGUGCAGUUAACUCUAAUGAACGUAUCCUCUGCAGCAGAGGUAACUCUGGGUCUUCCUUUCCUGCGGCGGUCCUCAUGAGAGCCAGUUUCAUCAUAGUGCUUGAUGGUUUUUGCAACUGCAUUUGAAGAAACUUUGAAAGUUCUUGAAAUGUUCCAUAUUGACUGACCUUCAUGUCUUAAAGUAAUGAUGGACUGUCGUUUCUCUUUGCUUAUUUGAGCUGUUCUUGCCAUAAUAUGGACUUGGUAUUUUACCAAAUAGAGCUAUCUUCUGUAUACCCCCCCCUACCUCAUCACAACACAACUGAUUGUCUCGAAAUUCCACAAAUUAACUUUUAAGAAGGCACACCUGUUAAUUGAAAUGCAUUCCAGAUGACUAGCUCAUGAAGCUGGUUGAGAGAAUGCCAAGAGUGUGCAAAGCUGUCAUCAAGGCAAAGGGUGGCUACUUUGAAGAAUCUCAUAUAUACAAUAUUUUGAUUUGUUUAACACUUUUUUGGUUACUACAUGAUUCCAUAUGUGUUAUUUCAUAGUUUUGAUGGAUUCACUAUUAUUGUACAAUAUAGAAAAUAGUAAAAAUAAAGAAAAAACCCUGGAAUGAGUAGUUGUGUCCAAACUUUUGACUGAUACUGUAUAUGAAAUGGGUAGUAGUUUUAUUUCUCACAUUCACAUUUAUCUCACUGUCUUUCUUUUUUCAUUAUAUAUUGAUGUGCAGUUUGUUCACAUCAACAACUUGAAGUUGAUCUGUCGGGCACAUCAGCUAGUCCAUGAGGGUUACAAGUUCAUGUUUGAUGAGAAGCUGGUCACAGUCUGGUCGGCUCCUAACUACUGCUAUCGCUGCGGCAACAUUGCCUCCAUCAUGGUCUUCAAAGACGCCAAUACGAGGGAGCCCAAGCUGUUCCGGGCGGUGCCCGACUCAGAGAGAGUCAUUCCACCCAGAACAACGACACCAUAUUUCCUGUAA